GGGUUGGGACAAGACAACUUCCUAUGGUCCCUUCUAGCUCCAUGUUUCUAUGAGCCUUUUUCUCUGUGAGAAGGGAGGGCAGGGGCUGGAGCCCAGAUGGAGAAGCAUGGAGGAGGCCCUGGGGAAUAAAGGGUGCAAUGGUCAGGCUGGAAGAAGAUGACAGGCACAGGCAAGGACUUGACAUCCCCUGGCGAUAGGCAUCACAGGCUCUGCAGAGGCAUCGGGAUGUUUGCUUAAUGUUCCCGACUUUGUUGCAUGCAGAAUAGUUCAUUCCUGCUCUUGAAAGAGGCAACAGGGCUAGGACUUAGCUUUCCAGGUGACCAUCCCUCACUGUACUCUUCACCACAUCACUCAUACGCAUCCCAUGUGGUGGGCUGGCUUGUCUCCGCAGGAUCCGUGGUGGAUCCUACAACUGGAAACUGAGGCAAAGGGCUGCACAGUCGUUAGGAUGUGUACUUUAACCCAGCGUUUGGACUGAUGUGUAAACAGCAUGGCUCCAAUGUAGGCAGGGAGGAGGGAAGGAUGAUCUCCUCCAUGCCCCUGCACGUGGCCGGCAGCCUGGUGGCCUGGCUCUCCCUCUAUGCCUGGUUCAGUCACCGGUACAAGCGCCGUAGUUACGAGUGGAGCUGUCGCCUAGUCACGCUGACCCACGGUCUCCUUGCCACCUGCCUCUCUGCCUACAUUGGUUUCAUUGAUGGCCCCUGGCCUUUGACACACCCAGGGUCGCCAAAUACAACCCUCCAGGUCCAUGUGCUGUGUCUCAGCCUCGGCUACUUCCUCUUCGACCUGGGCUGGUGUGUGUACUUCCAGACGGAGGGUGCCCUCAUGUUAGCCCAUCACACGGUGAGCAUCCUGGGCAUCACCGUGUCUCUGGCGCUCGGCGAGUCGGCCACCGAGGUCAACGCUGUCAUCUUUGGCAGCGAGAUCACCAACCCACUCUUGCAGGCCCGCUGGUUCCUGAGGGAGAUGGGCUGCUACCACAGUUUCACAGGGGAUGUGGUGGACUUCAUCUUCGUGCUCCUCUUCACGGGCGUUCGGAUUGGGGUGGGGGCCUGGAUGCUGUACUGCGAGCUUGCAUCUCCCAAGCCCCGAUGGUUCAUUAAAAUGGGAGGCGUGAUCAUGUAUGCCGUCUCCUGGAUCUUCAUGGUCAGCAUCUGCCGUUUUGCCAGGAGGAAGACCAUGAAGAAGUACCACACCUGGAGGAGCCGGAGGAGCGAAGAACUGCACUCAAAAGCCAAUGGGCAUCUGAAAUGCCACUAGCCAGGCACCACAGUGGCCCCUUAGUCAUGAUCUGACAGGAAGAGCGUUAAACCUGGCUCUGAAAGGCCGAUCUCAGGAGAUGGGCCAACCUGUGGUGGAGAGAACCGAGCCAAAUCCAUCCCUGCUGUAACUCCGUCAAGGCCUCUGGAGAGAUGUCACGGAGGCAGUGGGUCUAGGGCACUGGGACUGGAAGCACGUGGCUCAGUGCUGUUCUGUAUGUGUGUAGACAUAUAGCAGGGUGUCAAGGAAGGGCUUAGUUUUCAGACACAAGUGGUUGCCAGUCCCCCAGCACAGGUGCAAAUAGCAGUAUUAGUGGUGAACUCCUUCAGCACUGAGCUCACCUUAAGGGCUGAUAAGCAGCACUAGAUCUCAGGGUCCAGUGUGCUGCCCAAGAGAGACACCUGGGGGGACUCUGGCAGGGUGGGGUGACUAGGAGUCCUGGCUCCUCCACCUUCUCAGUUCUGAGUCACUAACCUCUCGCCCCACUUCUCUUCCCC